CCGGGAGCGAUGUCUUCGACCGGGAGAGCCUUGCUCUGCGAACGAGACGAAUGUUGCUAGUCCAGCUUGCCCAAUCUCAGUCGUGGAUUUUGACAUGGAUAUGCGGAAUCGCCUUCGACCGUGUGCUGGACAUCAGGGUGCCGUCUUCCCGCAUCCAGGAACACUCGUUGCAGCGGGACUGCCUGUAGGACUGAGCUCCCCGAGUCGACCAUAUACCACCGGCCCUCAGCCGCCAGCGACAAAGACAACCCCCAGCAAGCCAAAUGGACGUUUUGCGCCGUACAAGCAGGCCCUGAAUGCCAUAGCAGAGCGUACGCGUACCCCUCUGCCAUCCCUGGUCCUCUCCUUUGCGGUGCUCCACGAGCUCACCGCGAUCGUCCCGCUCGCCGCCUUCUUCCUCGCCGCGCGUACGUUGAACGUUGGCGAGCGUGUGAUCAAAGCGUUUCCGGACCACUUCGCAGGCGAGGCCACAUCCCGCCCGCCGUAUGAGGUCCCGCUCGAGGAGAUACCGGACUUCUGGAUAAGGCUGCGGCGGCGGUGGUGGUACGAGGGCGAACAAAUGGCGGAGCGUGUCGGGAGGCGGUAUGGGCUUUUUGGGUUCCCGAAGAACGGGGCAGACGAUGCCAGUCCGGGUGCCGUCGCCGCAGAUGUGGCUGAGACGCAGGAAUCGCCCUUCAAGAGGGCUGCUCCGGAUAUUCUCAACUUCUCAUUUGCAUAUUUCCUAACGAAGUCAUUAAUUCCUGUGCGCAUCGGCGCAUCUUUGUAUCUGUCCCCCGUGUUUUCUCGACGGGUCAUAGAGCCUACACGAACGGCGGUGAUGCGAGUCUUCCGCCGUGGCUCCACGUAGAGAGUUGGACACAAGCUUGAAUGGAAACGAUCGAUGCCUUUAUAGACAUCGCUAUCCAUGCUCGUGCGGACCUGUCUGCUCAGGCAAGAGUCUAGACUCACGGUCAAUGCUGGAGGUAUGGAGCCAGGAAAAAGCGCGCCGAUCUCAGAGGACCGCGGCGUACAAAGGCAGUCUCAAUUCGGCGUACUCAUGAUUGAAAACAUAGUAGAUAGCAU